AUGGACAGCAAUAAUGUCUAUUUUAUGGGAAAGAAAAUGGAAGACGCAAAUCCAGAUACAUUUCAAAUGCUUGAUGACGGUUAUGCUAUGGAUCAAAAUGGCGUCUAUUUUAUGGGUGAACGAGUUGUUUUUUCAUCUUCAAAUUCAUUCGAAUUGCUUGGUAACGGUUAUGCUAAGAGUAACUCUGCUGUCUAUUUUUUGGAUAAAGAAAUAGACGAUGCAGAUCCAGCUUCAUUUCAAUUGCUUGAUAAUGGCUAUGCUAAGGAUGACAAACAUGUCUUUUAUAUGGGUCGUAUUCGUGAUGCUGUUCGCGUACUUAUUUGA